GCGGGAGCUUUCCCGUGGCGGAGUUCUCGGGGCGAUAGUGCCGCGGGUGCGGCAGAGUGGCGAAGUCCUUGGACGAAGGUUCCAGGGCAGGAGUUCAGUGGAGUUGGGAGUUUUUCCGCGGCGGAAUUUGCCGGGCGAUAGAGCGGCGAAGUCCCUGGACGAAGGUUCCAGGGCGGAGAGUUAAGAUCCGUGCGAGAGUGUCGCGGGCGCGGCGGAGUCCCGAGCGAAGCGUCGAGUGGAUCCUAGGCGAAGGCAAGUGCGACGGCGGUGGCGGAGUGCGGUGACGGAGUCCCACGGCGGAAACCCACGAGGGUUGCUGCAGCGAGAGUUGCGCCAGAGGUGCGGCCCAGCGAGACAUGGCAGAUGUCGUGGACGGAAGGGAAGAUCGUAGUGUUAUGAAAACUGCGAGCAUUGAUACAAACAUAAGCACAGAUGAUGUAACUGUGUAUGGUGAUGAUGCAAAUGAUGACAGUGCAGGAAAUAUCAUAAUUUUGGAUAUCAACUCAGAGGAAGUGGAUUUGAAUCACCAGCGAAUCAAGAAGAUAGAAAACCUUGAGGUUUUGACACAAGUGGAGAGGCUGUGCCUUCGCUGGAACCUCAUCAAGAAGAUUGAGAACAUUGAUAUGCUGGUUACUUUGCGUGAGUUGGAGCUGUACGACAACCAGAUAACUACGAUCGAGAACCUGCAGAAUCUUGUCAAUUUGGAGAUUUUAGACUUGUCAUUCAAUAGAAUACGAGAAAUACAAGGUCUGGAGACUUUGUUGAAUUUACAAAAAUUGUUUCUGUGUUCAAACAAAAUAACAAAAAUUCAAAACUUGAAUCAUCUGAAGCAAUUGAAUUUGCUGGAACUAGGAGAUAAUAAGAUCAGGACUAUUGAAAAUUUGGAAGGUCUGGACAAUCUAACAAGCUUGUUUCUGGGUAAAAACAAAAUAACAAAGAUAGACAAUUUGGACCAAAUGAUCAAUUUGGAAACCUUAAGUUUACAGAGUAACAGACUGACAAAAAUUGAAAAUAUGAGUAGCUUGAAGAAGCUAGAACAGUUAUAUUUAUCAGAAAAUGGAAUUCAAGAAAUUGAAGGUCUAGACAAUCUGUUAGAAUUGACAACAUUGGAUCUUGCAAAUAACAAAAUAACAUUGAUCAAGAAUGUUGAACAUUUGGAAAAGUUGGAAGAGUUUUGGUUGAACGACAAUGCAAUAGACGACUGGUCGUGCAUAGACAAGCUGUCUGCCAACAAGAAGCUGUUGACAGUGUACCUGGAGCGCAACCCCAUCGCUAAGGACCCCAGCUACAGACGGAAAAUACUGCUCGUUGCGCCGUGGCUGACUCAGAUCGAUGCCACCCUCUGCAGAUAAGUUCGUCUCGGGAGAUCGCUUUGUGUUCUUCCACCACCACUUAUUUAUAACAAAUAUUGUGAACUGUUCUAGGUUGCUGUAACUUUGUAAAUAAUUCAGCCUAACCUUUUGUAUGUGCUUCAUUCAAAUCUGGUUGUUUUUAUUGUGGAUUGUAAACGGUUAUAAUUGUUUCAGAGAAACCUCGCAGUGAACAGUCCUGACAACAAACUGAAUUUUUUUGCACACAGUGAACAAUCUAUAUUUCUCAUUUUAUGUUUUUAAUUGAAUUUAAAAAAAAAUUGUAAUGAGGGGACUCAUUCCUCUUACAAGUACCAUUAUCAUUUUUUAUUUGCAAAUACAAAGUUUUGCACCGCUGGGAUUUCUGUGUAACUAACAUGUUACUGUGAACAGUGAAUGAAAAUGCUCAUAAAAAACACACUUAAGUGUAAAAAUCUAAUUAAAAAAAGUCAGAAAUCUGACAAUUAUAUAUAUCAUUCUUGCAAAAUAGAGUGGUGCAGCACUUUUUUUUUUUAGUAGUGCAUAUAAUUUAAGAUUGUUCGAUUAAAUGUUGAGUAUUAUGUAUCAGUUUUAAGUCUUUUUAAUUUACAGUAAAUAGUCUCACUUCACUUUUAACCUCUACAAAAUAUUCUUCUUUAGUUAGGUCACAUUGUGUUAUAAUUCUUAAACAGUUUUUUCUUUGUUUUACUUUAAUUAUCAUCAUGUCAUUUAUUUCUUAAAUGCAGUUAAAAGAGACUUUAUUGUGCAAGAAAGAAUUAUUGCGUGUGGACUACAUAUACAUACUACUAGCUCGCUGUAGGAAAGGUUUUGAUGGAGAUUAAAAACUGACGAAAACUAGCUUCUACUGCGCACCUUAGGUUCCCCCCUCCCUUCUUUGCGACAGAUAAUUUCCGUCACUCCCCUCUCUGUCGCAAAGAAGGGGAGGUGGGAACCUAAGCUGCGCAGUAGAAGCUAGUUUUCGUCAGUUUUUAAUCUUCAUCAAAACCUUUCCUACAGCGAGCCAGUAGUAUAUAUAUUCUUGUUUCGUUGUACAUCAUUAACAUUGAUUCCUUUUUAGUUAUAAUGUACUGAGGGAUCUUUUGAAUCUUGUUUCUGUUAUUUACGUAAAGAUUUUAAAUGUAGAAAAAAAAAUUGUACUCACAUUAUAAACAGGGUGAGUAUUUACAUAUAACAUAAGCUUUAAAUUACCACUUAAGUGUUGUAAGUACAAUCUUAAAAUAUUGUGAUUUUCAGUGCCAUAUAUUUUUGGUGGCUUGAACAAUUCUUCAUGUUUCAUAACUAUUCCAUUGUUAUAAGAAAUUAAGAUUUUUAUAUGUGGGCAGAAGUUAGGGAAAUGUGUGAUUUUGACCACAGGAUGUCUAGCAUCAGGAAAAAUAAGAAAACUUGUAGGCCUAUGUGAAUACCAAAGCAAAUAUCAAAUUGAAUGUUUAAAAUAUUCUCAACAUUGAAUCGAGUUGCGAAGAUUGUUCUUAAUUAAGCUUUAUUAAACUUAUUUUACAAAAUACAGGAUUGAAGUAAAAAAAAAUCAUUUAACAUUUAUAAUGUUUGAACUGAUUAAGUGAUUAACCACUUGGGGCCUGUAUAUAUCAUUCAAUAGUAAUUAUAAAAUAACCAUGCAUAAUAUUAAUAUUGAGCAUUCAUAAAAUCAUAGAAGCAAAUGGAGUAUUUUAUUUAGUUUUUGUUAAGUAAGCAUAUUCAAGCAAAACAUAAACACAAAAAAUACAUAUAUACAUUUUUUAUGAGUGAAUCUUAGGCCUUCAAUGUUUUAAAGCUUUGCAACAAAUGCGAAACUUCACAUCAGACGCGAAGCUUUGCAUCACAACCAGAGCAAAUUUCCUGGCCAAGUCAAAUUGAAAAUUGAAAAGAGUUUUGAUUGAUUUGCUUAGACAAAGAUUCGCACAUGCCUGAAAACUUGGAAUAGUCUGGGUACUUAAAAUUUCUGAAAACAUCAGAGAAUAGUCAGGAAAAUAUAUCUAAUGUCAGGAAAUUUAAAUGAAAUGCUUAGACAAAAACUUUUCUGUAUUAACUUGUCAUGGAAAUUGUAUUUGGGUUCAGUCUUAGUCAUGUCGCAAUGCUGUUGUGCUAAGUAUUUUUGAGCAGAAUCUUAUUUUUAUAAAAUGUGAGGCUGUAUUCCAUUUGUGAGGGCCUCAAUGAGAGUGGAUGGACGAGACAUCACGUAGUACAUAUUUCCAGACUUUUGGUUACUAUGGAGGCAUUUUUUGUCACAACAUUAAAGAAUCUGUAAAGAAAAACAAUGACAAUAUUAGAAAGGAGAAUAAAAAUUUAUUUUGGCUAACUUUAUAGAAAUUUAAAUUUUUUUGGUCUGGGAAAUAACAUGACAAAACUGAGAAAGUCAGAGAAAAGUCUAAAAAUUCUUACAUGGGUUUUGCUAGACAUCCUGUACAACCAUAUUAUAAUUUUAUUAAUUUAAUGUAAAUUUAUUUGGAUAAAAAUAAAAUUAUUUCUUAAUUACUGUAUUUAUAUUACAUAAGAAAGAUAAUAUCCCCACACAUUAUGUUCACCUAUAAUAGAAGUUUUAUCCCCUGAUGAUGGUUUUCAUAUGAAUAUAAUUACAUACUUCUGUAGCUUUUUAAGUAAAUAAUUAUGUUUUAUAAUUUUUUUCUAUAUUUCUCUGCAAUGAUUAUGUAAAACAAGAUGGAUAUAGUUGGAUAGAGGAAACUAUUAUCAAGGUGACAAAAAUUAAUAAUGGUAUACCUGUAGUAAAAAAAUUUAAUACAUACGUAUUGUGAAGUCAUUUAAAAAAAAUGUUCUUGCUAUUUUUUUCAACAUACUUUAUGAAUUUUAUUAUAAAACCCAAAUAAAAAAAUUGUAUUUUGGAGAAAAAAAGUGUCUGAAGUUUAAAUCAACGUAUUACUCCAGAACUACUGCACUCAUUUAGACAAUGCAGAUUUUUAAUUACAGUAUUAGCUAAAGAUGCUUUUUGUUUCUUAAAGACUUGCAGUAUGCAGCUAGGUAUUAAAUCACCUGCAAACAAACUGUGGCCAUUUUUUUAUUAAUGCAUAUUUAAAUUCUAUUGUAGCAUAGUAUGUACUGUGUUUAAAUUAGAAUUAUGGUAUUUUUUUUUCGUUCAGGUUUAUACUAAAAUAAUUCAUCCCUAUUUCAUCUCAACGUUUUUUUUUGGUUUUAAAUUAAAUGACAAAUUUUUUUGUAAAACUAAAGUAAAAAUGUACAUGCAUUGUUUUAGGCAGUAAUUCUGUCUGUACUAGGUUAUAAAAGGAAAAUACAACUUUGUGAGUGAGUAUUGCUCAUGGGACUGAAUAUUUAUUUAAUUUACAUAGUAGUAUUGCUUUCAGGCCAGUUUUAAAAGCCAAACUUUGGAAGUUUCCAAUUUGCAACUAAUUUCACUAAAAUAAAUUAUUGCUAAUAAAUGUGGGUACUUUAUGGCACAGUUUAAUAUUUAAGUUAGCCACAGAUUGUACUGUCUGCAAUCCUUCAGAAUUUUUGAAUGAGAACAUAUAUUUUAGUGAUGUGCUGAAAAAUACAAAAAAUCACGAAAAUUUAAAAAGAAAGUGUUGUGCUUGAAAAACAAACCAUCAAGUAUGAAAAAAUAAACAGGCACGGUCUUUCUGUACUUAUGUUCUUUGAUUGAUUCUUGUAAUGGGGAAGGUUGAUUUAAAACAUUAUUUGGAACAUAUUUGCUGUGAGCUGGUGGAUUUUCUUAAGGGCUCCGCCUACCCGGGCACACACACGGUGUGCAGAGCUUCAGGAAAAACAACGCGAUUUUAAAACCACUCAAGAUAUCCGGGUAGGGUCUGCUUACAAAAAGCAUUUAAGAGUUCGCUGAGGGCCGAAAAGUACUUUUGAUUUCGGAUUAAGUUUUUAAACUGUAUUUUUAGAAAGGUGAAAAUGGCUAAAACGCAUGUUUUCAGAGUAAUUUUAGAAGUAAAACAACCGGCCCAGAUUCUUGAAAGCACUUAAGGGACUUGCAUUACUCCUUUAUCUUCAUUUCUCCGCAAUAUAAUGUUACGGUCACCGCUCAAAUUUCAUAGUUAUCCUGUGACGACGAGGAUAUUAACAUUGUAAAUUUCAAUGUUUUUCUGUAAUAUAUGAGUAAUAAAUUGUGAAAUCUAGUGUGGACAUAAGACAUAAUUUAUUCAAAGAUAUUUAAACAUUUUUUACUACUUUAUAUAUUUUUUUACUUUUAUUUAAACCAUUGUUUUGCAAAUAAAAAAUAAAAUUACCUUGAGCACACACACUAUGCACACAGUGUGCACUUUACCCAUAUUGGUUUCAGAGGAGAUUUUCUCCGUAUUGUAAGUUACAACAGUGAAAAAUGGAUUGUAAUUGAGCAGACUCAAUAUCUGUCCAAGUUAUUCAUAACUUCCUUUUCAUCAAUCAUGGUAGUCCUUCCUAGACUAGAAAAAUUCACAGUGUAACCAAUAUAAACUUAUUACGUAUUGUUGUUUGUGUUUGUGCGACCGUCGCGCUUAUCAUCCCGCCUCACUAACACAGAUACACCCCUGACGAGGCGGGCCCCUUAAGGUACUCCCCACCACUUCAUUCCAUCAACACUCCAUCUUAUUUCACACCCAUUCAUCGUCUAACGACUCAGAUGUCAGUGAAACGUUUAGCCACAAUUCAUUCAUUUAUGAAUUCAUUGUUAAUAUUCAGUGCCUUCUUUAGACUGCAUAACCUUGCCAAACUUGUGUGAUUUCUUCUUCGUUUUGAGAUAGUGCAAGAUGUGGUGGUUUAAAUUCAGUAAUUGCUAUUGUAGGCCUAAUAUUUCCCUUGAUAAAGCUUCUAAAAUGUUUAAAGAAUUAGUAACUGCUUUUUUCCCCCCCUUCAUAUUAACAUUGUAAAUUUCAAUGUUUUUCUGUAAUAUAUGAGUAAUAAAUUGUGAAAUAUAGUGUGGACAUAAGACAUAAUUUAUUCAAAGAUAUUUAAACAUUUUUUACUACUUUAUAUAUUUUUUUACUUUUAUUUAAACCAUUGUUUUGCAAAUAAAAAAUAAAAUUACCUUGAGCACAUACAGUGUGCACUUUACCCAUAUUGGUUUCAGAGGAGAUUUUCUCCUUAUUGUAAGUUACAACAGUGAAAAAUGGAUUGUAAUUGAGCAGACUCAAUAUCUGUCCAAGUUAUUCAUAACUUCCUUUUCAUCAAUCAUGAUAGUCCUUCCUAGACUAGAAAAAUGCACAGUGUAACCAAUAUAAACUUAUUACGUAUUGUUGUUUGUGUUAACUAUAAGGAGUAAUUAUCAGUAAGAGUAUUGUAUUUAAUCUUACCUGCAAUCAUAAUAAACCUCUGUCACAAUUUAAUUUUUUUUUUUUUAAGUUUUUAAUUUAAAGUAGUAUUUUUAUGUGUAUAUUAUUUAUAUCAUGCCAGUUAAACAAUUUAAUAUGUAAUUAAAUCUAAUAAGUAACUUAAUUUUACUAUUAAUACAUUUUAAACUAAUAAAUUGAUUUUUUAAAAGUUCUUUUACAAUUUGGAAUGUAAAUUAUUGUAGAAAAGGAUGUUAUAAGUAGUAAAAAAAAAUUGAAUGGCAGAAAUAAAUUUCACUUAUCAGCUUCUGAGCAAUGCAUGAGUGUAAUUACAUUUUUAUCUUGAAAAAUGUACAAACAAUUGUAAAUAAAUUGUUAAUAUCUUAAUAUCAAAGAAUAUUUUGUGGGAAUGUAAUUGAGAGGUAUUUUCAUUAGACGUUUGUGUACAGAUGAAAAAUUUGAGUCAUUACUAUUGUAUGUUGCACAAUGUAAGUUUAUAGUUUUUUCCUAGAUUGAAUAAAGCAUCAUGAAAUUAUAAAAAA